AUGGGAAGCAAGUAUUCCAAGGCAACAACUUACAUAACAGAUGCUUCAAACUCGACUUAUCGCCUUCCUUUUAAAAGUAGUCGAGUUCUUAUUGCAGCUUUGGAGGAAGCAACUAGCAACUUUGAUGUGAAGUUUCUCAUUGGAAGGGGUGGCUUUGGGAGUGUUUACAGGGCUGUUUUGUGUGAUGGCACAAAUGUGGCCUUGAAAAGGCAUUAUCCUACGUCUCGUAAAGAGUUCCAAACAGAAAUUGAGAUGCUCUCUCAGCUCCACCAUCCCUAUCUCGUUUCAUUGAUUGGACACUGUAGUGAAAAUAAUGAGAUGAUUCUAAUUUAUGAGUACAUGGAGAAUGGGAACCUCACUAGACAUUUGUAUGGCUCAAAUCUACCCACUAUGAGCUGGGAGCAGAGGCUGGAGAUAUGCAUCGCGGCAGCCAGAGGCCUGCAUUACCUUCAUAACAGUGUAGUUAUACAUCAUGAUGUCAAAUCUUCAAACAUAUUGCUUGAUGAGAAUUUUGUGGCAAAAAUUACUGAUUUUGGAAUAUCCAAGACAAUUCCUGAGCUUGAUCAAACCCAUCUUAGCACAAUGGUGAAAGGAAGUAUAGGCCACAGUGCCCCUAAAUAUACUAUCUGGGGAGAGCUUACAGAAAAAUCUGAUGUUUAUUCUUUUGGUGUUGUUUUAAUCGAAGUUCUUUGUGCUAGGCCUGCCCAGUACAAUCUCUUCCGAUGGAGAUGUUUAGCUUAGCUAAUUGGGCAAUGGAAAGUCAGAAGAAUGGACAAUUGGAACGAAUCAUAGAUCCCAAUCUUGUUGGCAAAAUAAGACCAGAUUCCCUCAGUAAGUUUGGAGAAACAGCGGUGAAAUGCUUAGCUGAAACUGGUGUAGAU